CGGGAGAAUUGAGCAAGAAUGGCUCUUGAGAGUCCGUAAACAAAACUACCCUUGGAGGCAGCACUUCUCUUUAAGUUCUUUACGGAUGAUGGCACUAUUAAUAAUGUAUGAUACAGUACUGUAAAUAUAGAUCACAAAUUACUUUACAGUAACGUUACGACAUGGAGGAAGAUAACGAUGACAAAGAAACAUUGAGAAGGAGACUGGAAGUACUGAAGCAGGAGUAUGAGAUGACAGCACGAAGAUUGCAGAAGGCAGAACACCGGGAUGCAGUUCGCAGACAGGGCAGCGUAUCACAUCAGAACAGAUUUACACUCAAUGAAUCAUCACUAUUCUGUACAUCUUCCUCUGUGCUGGCUUCAGAACUUUCUGACAACCAAGAUGCUGAACAGUUACGAACUAUUGAUAAAAGAAGCUCUCUGUUUUCAACCGUUGAGAAAAUCCCUGCAAUUCAAUUUCAACUUGCCGAGAUUGCGUCCACAUCCCCUGCAAGCAUGCGAAGCCCCACCCACCGUCUGCGUUCUAAGCGCAGCCGGCUGCGACUGCAGAACAAAGAGCGAGAGUCAGACACUGACUACAGCCAAGAGAAAGAAAGUCUCAUUCAAGGAAAACAAAGUGGUUGCAUGGAGGAAAAGGCUAAACUGAAAAAAGAAAGAGAUAUUGAGAUUUUACCAUGUAAAGUGGAGAAGAACAAGGAGUUACCAAAAAAGGGAAAAAAAGAUGAUACAAUUGCAAAGGAAACACGGAAGCUACAAAGGAGUGAAAAAACUGAAGUGAACUGUGCAGACAAAACACUGGUUUCAAGUGAUGAGAAUAAUAUGGCCUUUCAUACUCUCAACAUUUGCCAGAAACAGUUGCCUCCUCUCGGUAGUUCUAAAGAGUUACAGUCAAGAACAGCUGCGUAUUUGGACCCCAUCCAGACCUCCUCUUUACCUCCAUCAUCUGAGUCAGUACAUACUGACAAAUCAUACGGGAUGCUUCCUUCGGAUUCAAAUAAAAAUAUUAACUCUUCAGUUAUGUCUGGAGCUCUAGACUCUUGUACGCUGGUCGAAGGUUUAACUUUUCCUGUGGAAUAUUAUAUUAGAACAACACGUCGCAUGGCUGCAUCUCAAAGUUCUGUCAAUCUCGAGGCUGUCAUUCUGAGCCAGCUCACUGGGGGACGGGGCAGACGCAAGCCCAGCCAAUCGGAAAUGCGUGGUAGAGGUCACGUGAGCUCAGAACGUCCAGAAUCAGUACGCAGGUCAACCAACCAGACCGGAGGUAGAGGAAAAGGUCAGAGGAGAAGAGGGCGUCGUAGAACGACUAUAGUUAGGAGUCCUUGUUCCAAAGCUGCUUCAGAUUGUACAAUAUCACUUCCUGCAAGUGAUUCACAAUUGGAGAGUCCGUUUGGUAUAGACUUAAAAUCAACCCCUCAAUCUACUGCUCAGUCAGAAUUGGAGGAAAGGCCACAAGGAGAUUCUCAGCCAAUCCAGUUGUCUGUGCCUACAGCAAAUUUGAAUCCAAGUAAAGAGGACGAUUUCACAAAAGAUUUUAAGCACCUCCCAGAUUCUCAGCUUUAUUUUGAGUCUAAGCUCCUCACGGAUUCAAAUUUGUAUCCUAUAUUCCGGAGGGGGCGAGGCCUCCAGAUUGGAGAAUACUCAUCUCAGCCCCAGACAUGUAUGAGUAAAGAUGAUCACUCACCUCUCCCGCCAUCAUUAUCUUCACUCAUUCAAGGUCUACCAGACACCAAAAUUGGACUGCUGGCAUCUGUUGACAUCCAGGAUUUCCACUUACCAGAUGAGGAUUUUGGUCAACUGAAGUUGGAGAAACUGCGUAUGUCCUCUUCACUAGUGGAACCAUUUGUCCAUCGUGUAUACAACACACGACGGAGCAACAGGUACCAGACAGCGUGGGGCAGAAAGGAUAACGGUGGAGAACUAUUUACUCCAGAACCUCCAACUAGCUUCACCCUUGAAGAUAGUUUACCUCUUUGUCAGUCAGACCCUGUUGAACAAUCACAGAUUGAGAUACAAAACACUGACCAAUCGGAAAAACACGCUGACCAUGUAAACAAACCAAACAGCAGAUCCUCAGAUCGGAUAGACAGUGGAGAGGAACAAACUAGCACAAUAAUCAAAACAGAGAAGACGGCAAAUGACGAACACACUGUAAAGACGCAAACCUCAGGAAACGAAAAUGUGCUUAAAGUAGAUCCUGAAGUGGAAUUGCAGAUGCACAAGCAAACGGAUUCGCAAACCCUCUCUGAAAACAGCCGGCUGUGUCCAGCGUUACUAGAUUUUAGUCCUUUAUUGACGUCACACACUCAGAGAGGUCAAGACCAUUCCCUGCCGUCUUUGGGAUUGACCCCACAUUUUUUAAGUCAAGGUUCACCCACAGAUCUUCAACGUCUUCUCUUCUCUCCUGCUGACAGCCGUAGGUCUCCCUCUUCGAACAUGCCUACAGGUUGUGUGUCUCCAGAUUUUGUCUCACGCAAAACAUGUGGAAAUGUCAAGGCCAACACCUCUAUGAAGAGUUCGGAUCCAACCAAAGUAGAGGGAGAUACUGAGACACAGAAUCAAACUGAAGUCCGUCAUGAAAUUAUUAUGGGAGCUCAAAAUAAUGCAAACCACAGUGCAACAGGAUAUGAAAACUCAAUCGUGCCAGAAACUGAAAUGAAGGCUUUAUGCAUCAUGGAACGUGAACAGAAAUGCAGUUUUGAUGCAGAAAACAAUCCAGAAUGUAAAAGUAAAAUUAAUUGCACAUCUGAGAUUGAAGUUCAACCUCACAAUCUUUCUGAAUCUGCAGCUCAACAUACUGACCGUAAACACACUGACCUCAAGACUGAAACUCACAAAGGGAUGGUUAUGAAUCAGUCUCAGUGUGUAGAUGCAUCUGGCUGUGCAGGUCAUGAUGAGGCGAUCUCAUUUGAUACCUCCACCAAUCAGCAAACGGAAGAAAAGAUGGUGUGCACCACGAACGCCGAUGAAGCGAAGGAACAUGGCAGUGAUUUUAUCCAUUUAUCUCCUGUACCUACUAUAAUCCUUCCCAAGGCAGGACAUUGUUCCUCAUUGCUUCGGGAGAUGCACACUUUCAAGGCCCUUGAGGGUGGAUGCGUCUUGGAUUUGUGUUUCGUACGAUGGACGGCGGAGGACUUGUGCAUAUGUGUGGCGGGUGAAUGGAGUGUGUGCCUUUGGACUCAAAAGAAGGGAGUUCAGCUUUGGAGUCUUAUACACACCUGGACAUUUGCACAGUCUGUCAUGUCCUUGCAAGCGAUUCCAGACUCCUCAGGUUUGCUUUGUGUAACACUGGGUGACUUAGAAAUCACAGAAGCACGAGUUCUUUGUUGUCCAAGUAUGGAUGGGCCGUUCACUCAGAAUGUUGUGUGCCAAGAUGCACUACAAGCAUUGGAGGGCGUGUCUGACUGUCGACUUGUGUGCUGCUCUACCCCUGGAGAACAGCAGAAAGUCACUGUCAUAACGUUAUCCAAGGAGGGAAGGGUAGUGAAAACUCUUUCCCUGGUCCCUGCAAAACAGAACAUUCGGACACUGGCAACCAUAGAAGGGGAAAAAGAUGCUUUGAUUGGUUGGACAGAAUGUAAAACCCUCCUCAUAUGGAGUAUGAAAUCAGGCCAUCUGCUUCAGACUAUAUACCUGGAAAAGACUUUGCCAAUGACAAACUGCAUGAGGGGAUACUCAUACAGGGGUGUGCUUUGUUUAUUACUUCAGAAUACUGGAAAUGUAUGUGAGGAAAAGAGUAACACAACCCUUUUUGCUCUGAUUGCUACGAAUCCCCUCACUGGCAAACACAUCACACUAACCUCCAUCAGCAGCCCCGCUCAACACAUACAACAGCUGAUAGAUGGUGAUGUCUUCGGAUCUGGGCUUGUUGGCGUUUUCCAGUCUGGUCAUAUUGCUGUUUGGGAUCUCAGAGGAAGGGUGGCGAAAGUGAUCGGGGUGCUUGAUGAGUUGUGCAGACUGGCUCGGUGGGCGGGGCCAGACACACUGCUGACUGGCUAUCUGAAUGGGGAUGUUAGCGUGUUUCAAUACAACACUGUAUAAAUAAGCAUCAAAUGAUGUGUAUUAACAUACUUUAUUUUGACAUGAUGUUCCCAAUUCAAUAAUAUCGCUAAAUUGUCGUUCAGUAAUAACAUUGUUUAAAAUUUAAAAAUAUUUGAGAUACAGAUAUUGCCUUUCUAACACCUCAGUUUACUGGCACAGUCCUACACAAGCUCUUUGUUGUUUAUACUUGAUAUGAUUGUUACUUGAGGAAAUAUAACAUAUUUACAGAACUGUUUGGA